AUGCUCACGACGCUCUAUGUGGUGUCCGUGGAGUACUAUAGGGACCUCGGGAGGCACUCUCGAAAGAAGAGGGGGAGAGGCAUUGUGCCUCAGCCGACAAUCCCCCCAACCUCCGGUACUUCGCAAACGCUUUCCUUAGCUGGCUGGAAUGUUCGUUAUGAUUUCAAGUCAGCUGUUUUUGCUGAAUACCGCCUGGAAAUGGAUGUCGCCUUGCGCUCUUAUGAGCAAGCCUACGAAAACCUCCUAAGCUCUGAGUUAAUGGAGCUCAUCCCGAGCUGGAGUCCGCGAUGGAACGAGGCCAGAUUCCUAGCAGAUGUUAUUGCCGUGCGGUGUCUACGAUGCUUACUAUGGAACGGCCAACACAGUGCAGCCGCCCGGAGGUGGCUCGCUCACCGCGAAAGGAUAGCCGACUUUGUUGAUCGCCGGGGAAGGGGCACCAAGAAUUACGGUUGGGAAGCUUGGGAGGCACGAUGGGCUAUUGUCAUGGCUGAUCUCAUCGACAAGAUCGAUAUACCUGAGCUUUAUCCUGCCACGCUCAGACUCUACCUCCCGCCAGAGAAAAGUGUAAUGGGGGAGCGGCUUCAACCAUGGGAAUUGCUUCAUCACCCUGGGUACUGGUACCGCCUUGCCGCAAGACAUUUGCAAGCGCGGAAGGCCUUUGCGCACGCGAUCCCAGAAGAUGACAGGAGAUCGCCUAGCGACUCACCAGCUUCUCACGUCGCCAAAUCCGCAUUCGCAUAUGACACGUACAUGUGCCCUGACCCUUACGAAGAGUACCCGCUGGGCCGUCCAGGGGUAGACCAUGGCAAGAUGAUCACUGAUUGCCUCAUGCGAGCUCGCGCAGAAUUUCUAAAGCGACAUCAGACACGAUACGCCGCAGAAGUGUCGUUGGAAUGCGCGAGAGAUUUCGCUAUGGCAGAUGACUGGCAGAGCAUUAUAGAGCUCCUGCGCCCUAUGUGGAAAGAGUUAUCGUUAAGGUCUGAGGGGUGGAUUGCCAUAGCUGAGGAAAUGAACUGGGCCCUCAGGACCGCCGCCAUGGAAGUUGAUGACGCCGAGAUGGUGCUCCUCGCCGAUUGGGAGCUACUCUCACGAGACUUCUCGAAACGUCCCAACUGGCAUUAUGAUAUCACGCGGUCGCUGGAAGACGUCACACUCAGUUCCAAGCCUAGUGUUUCGAUUAGAGACGGGCAGCUCGUAUCGUUCAUAUCUGCCUCAUUCGUCUUUCAAAACGAGGAGGGGAAAGCCGGACAAAGCGUUCGCGGCCAGCUGUCGAUCAAAUCAAAUGCACACGUGGGAUCGGCACCCGUCGUUCUCAGCACUGUCUACCUUAGUUUCGACGGCAGUCUUGAUGGCAUCAUUCUACGGCACCAUGAAACAGCGACACAAAGUCAGGGGAAAGCGGUCAUAACCACAGUACCCCUAACCAAGCAGACGGAUAACGAUGAUCCUCAGCCAACCGUGCCAGCCGAGGUUGGUAGCGGCGUCACACUCGUCGGAUCUGCCAACUUGACAUUGCGGCCGGGUCAAACUCUUGUUUUAAACUUGGAGAUACCAUUGCGGGAGCCUGGCGAGACACGUGUGGACUCGCUCACUGUUAAUGUUGCGUCUGAGACGUUUGACUUGCGGCAGUCGCUCACCCUCGAGGAGAGGGGAAAUAGGAAUCUCUGGUACCUCUCUCCCUCCGCUACCAAAUACAUCGCACAUCCCCAACCCCUCGUUAUUCGAGUCCUACCAAGGCCCCCCAAGAUGGAAGUCAGGUGCCCGGUGUGGAAGGAGCAGUACUACACAGACGAGCCAAUCGACCUCGAGUUUGAAGUUGAGAAUGGCGAGGAGGUCGAGGCGCUGGCCAAAUUAGACGUGGUCCUAUUUGGCGAGAAGCCACCAGUAUUCACGGCGCUUAUCCCGGGGCACGAGGAGCAGGCCUCUUCAACCAUUCGCAGCGAAGAGACUAGGCUUUCAGGGGCGCCAAUGGGCACCAUCGGGAGCCUCAAAUCUCUCAUUGUUCGCACCCGGUUGCCACCAAUCGAACGCUCAAGCCGAUACGACCUGACGCUCAAGGUUACCUACUUUCUUCCGACCAACCCUGGCACGCCCAUAUCACAAACCGCUGUUUUUCAGCUCAACGUGGUAAACCCCUUCGAAGCAAACUAUGACCUCCUUCCACGAGUCCAUCCGGACCCCUGGCCAAGUCUCUUCGAUCCCGACACCAUUUCCCUUCCCAUCACCAAUGACAGCGACGACACCACUCCCCAACCCCCCACAGGCAUCUCCCAAGCCUGGUCCCUCGUCACCCGUUAUGCCUCAUUCGCCUCGGAGCCCCUCCUAGUAACAGACGUCGACAUCGCCAUUCAACCAUCCACCACCUCCCGCUGCACGACCACCAUCAAGCACACCAACCUCCCCACCUCAGGCACCGGUCGCCUCAUCCACCCCAAAACCAUCGAAGAAGCCACCUUCAACCUCUCCGCCCAAAAGCUCACCAUCGACGACCGCAGUCACGCCCCGCUCGACAUUUCCCUCAUCAUCAAAUGGACCCGCCCCAGCCCCAGCACCUCCACCAAUCCAACAACCACCCCAGCCCCCACCCCGAACACCACCGCCCUCCCCAUCCCCCGCUUCACCCUCUUCGGCACCGAGCCGCGCGUGCUCGCCUCCGUGGCCCACCGCCGCGGCGGCCGCGGCACCACGCCCCUCAUCACACUGACCAUCACCAUCGAGAACGCCUCCAAUCACUUCCUGACUUUCGGCCUGGCCAUGGAGCCCAGCGAGACCUUUGCCUUUUCCGGCCCCAAGCUCACCACCGCCAGCUUGCUGCCUGUUUCGCGGCGCGCCGUGGAGUAUCGCCUGCUGCCGUUUGAGGUUGGUCCCGUGGGUGAUGGGGCUGGGGGUGGUGGUGGUGGUGGUCGUGACGGUGCGGAGCAGGGGGCUGCUGCUGCUGCUGGGUGGUGGAUUAGGCCUGGCUUGGUGGUGCGUGAUAAGUACUUCCAGAAGGUGCUGCGUGUGAUUCCGGCUGGGGAGGGGGUGAGGGGCGGGAAGGAUGGGUUUGAAGUGUGGGUGCCGAGGUUGGUUGCGGGAGAAGGGACGGUUGGGUAG